GGACAACUGACAGACCUUUAGUGUAAACUGUUGAAGUUUUGUUUCUUCUUGUGGAAGCUGACAAUCACAAGAUGACUGAGGUAAAGACAGCUGAGCUCAUCUUCAUCUGUCUGUCACUGCUUCAAGGUUUUGCUGCAGCAUUAAACUGCAGCAGCCCAUCACCUGAAUCCUUGUUUCGUGCACUUGAAACAGAAUUAUUUCCCAAAAAACUGCUGCGACCUGUAAAACGCUUCACAGAUACACUGAAUGUAUCGGUUGACCUCACUCUGGUGGGACUGUUAGGAGUGGAUGAAAAAGUCCAGACCUUGACAAUAUUCAUAUGGCAAACCCUGGAGUGGCGAAUAGAGGGACUAAGUUGGGAUGAGCAGGAAUGUGGAACUAAAAGGGUCUCUAUACCUCGGGAACACCUUUGGAUCCCUGACAUUGUCAUCACUGAGUUCAUGGAUGAAGAUGUAUCUCCCAGAACUCCUUAUGUCUACUUAUACAACACAGGUCUUGUACAUGAUGAUAAACCAUUGAGAGUGGUCAACACCUGCCAGUUAGUCAUCUACACUUUCCCCUUCGAUAUGCAAAACUGCUCCUUUACUUUUCAACCUUUUCUACACUUUGCUCAAGACAUAACAUUGAUUCAAAGCCGCACAGCUGAAGAAAUCCUGAAGGAGUCCUUAAAAGUGUUGAAGACAAAAGGGGAAUGGGAGCUUAUAGAUAUAAAAGCAGCUCUAAGUACGCUGCAGAUAACAGAGGGACGCUUCUCUGAGAUCAAAUUCUAUUUAAUUUUAAGACGCAGACCGGUCAUCUACGUGGUGAACCUGCUGAUCCCAAGCUGCUUCCUCGUCACAGUGGACCUCUUCAGCUUUUUUCUGCCCCCCCAUAGUGUGGACCGGGGCUCCUUCAAGAUGACGCUCAUCCUGGGAUACACAGUGUUCCUCCUCAUCAUGAAUGAUCUGCUGCCUGUCACCGGGGAAACAACACCUCUCAUCAACGUUUUGUUCGCCCUCAGCCUCGCUCUGAUGGUGGCCAGCCUGUUGGAGACGGUGUUUGUAACUAACCUGCAGUUCAGCUCCAGCCAGUACCGUGCGGUGCCUAAGUGGCUCAACAUCCUCGUGUUGCAAUAUCUAGCUAAGGUCGUUGGUCUCCCUCCAAAGAAGAAAAGCAACCGGGUCACUGUCUCUCUACAGCCAUCCAAUAUUGAAGUCAAUUCAAGCACCAUCUCUGCCAGUGAUCUUCAGAGAGUCUGCGCUGAUAAACCUCCUCUGGAUCCCGCUCUGGAUGAACUGAGGAAGCUGAGCAGAGAUCUCGCAGCCAUCCGACUUCACAUUGGCAAACAAAUCGAGGGAAGCAGCUCUUCCCAGGACUGGCUAAUGAUCGGGAUCAUUAUUGAUCGUCUACUGUUUGGUAUAUACAUUAUCUUCAUCUCGGCCAGCUUUGCUUCCAUUAUAUCCAUCUGGAUCUGGAAUAACUCCACAUUAUGACGUGCCGGGAGAGCAGAAUAACACAAGCGCACUUUAGUAUUAAUAAUAUGUUAAGUCUGACCAAUAAGAAGCUCACAGUUAAAAUCUGAAAUCUUUAAAAAAGAUGGAGAAAAAAUAAAAUGCAGAAAUUUUAAAAUUAUUUUCAACAAUUUUAAUUUAAUCCCGAGCUCGAUCUUGAGCUGUUAAGCCCCAAUGGCCCUGUUAUUGUUUGUAUACAUAUGAGAAUUAAUUCAAGUGCAAGUAUUUCAUUAAUAUUUAUGUCAAUGUCACAUCCCAGCUUACUCUCACUUGUGUGCAAGACCUCUGCUGCUGUCAUUUGUCCAAUUUGUAUCACCAACACGCUGAGGUAAAAGUAUUAAAGUCUAAAUACAAUUUUGAAACAAGUCUUCUAAAGUACUUUAAAUGUAGCCUGUAAAUGAACAUGUCCAGCAUUCACUUUUAAACCCCUGACUUCAGUGAGUCAGUGAUUACUGCAGCACUUACUAAUGAUAAGCACAGGUUUGCUCAGCUCUGGAGAAUAAAACUCCCGUAGGUGGAGGUGUUAAAAAAUACAAUGGAUGAGUGGUUAUCAUAGGUGUUCAACAACACGUUCUGUACAUGUUUUUGAUCAAUCUGCAAGAAAGCUCAUUUUUGGAUUAUUUAUUUUUUGUUGCAUGUCUAUUAUUGUUAAUAUGUUCAUGAGGAAUAAAUGUCCUAAGAGGAAAUGG